AAUCUACAAUGUGUAGUUUUACAACACUAUUAAGUAUCAAUUGAUGUAAAUAAUCAUUAACAUACAAACAAAGACUAGCAAUAUUAAUUAUAUUAAUUUAAAUAGUUUUGUAAUCAGUAUGAUUAUUAUAUGAAUUCAUAAAAUCAUAAUCGUAUUUUAUUUUAUGGAAUUAAGUAAUUAUACCGAUUGUAACUACUUAUUUUCAAAUAUUAGGUUAUCAAAGUUCAAGCUAUAAUGGAAUUUUACUGAUAAUAAUACAAUAUAUGCCGGGUUUAGCGGUUACAUAUCUAGAGCCAAAAAACCUAGAGGCCAAUUUCAGAUUUUAUUGACUCAACACGUGUCUGUAAACUAUUUUUUUGUGUAGUUAAUCGGUAAUCCACAUUCGUAAUAACCAAAAUCGUACAUUUUGUUAAGUUUUUUAAAUCAUGGCGGCUACUGAUAAUUUAGGUAAAUUUAAUUAAAUAAUAUGCAUUUAAAGUAUGUACAUACAAUGUACAAUUUUCAAUAACUGAAAUAAAUUAUCUAGAUCCCUAAAAUUGUAUUAAAUAACCUAGUGUAAUCACUAAAUUUUAAAUUUAAUUAAGUACAUAAAAAUGUCUGUGAUUUUUGAAUGUUUAAAAUAAUUAAUGAGUAAUAAUUAUUUUAUUCAGAUAUUUUAGAUAUACUUGGUUGUGUAUAAGUGAUCUGAAAUACACAUUUUUACAUACCUAAAAUAUGCCAUACACUUAUACCUUUUUAAAUUUAUAUUAAAUUGUCUUGUAAUAAGUUUAUAAAUUUAUUCAUAGGUUUCAUUUUUUUUUCAGCUCUUAUUAGUGUGUCAGAUAAAACUGGCCUAUUGGAUUUGGCAAAAAGUUUAGUUGAAGCUGGUUUCAAACUACUAGCUAGUGGAGGAACUGCAUCUUUUAUAAAGAACGAUGCAAAAUUACCAGUUAUAUGUGUUGAAGAAUUUACCGGUGCUCCAGAAAUACUUGGUGGACGUGUGAAAACUCUUCAUCCAGCAAUUCACGGAGGUAAAUAUUAUAAUUUAUUAUACUUACUGUAAAUUUAUCUUUUAAGUUUUGAAUAAUGAUAUUUCGGUUUCUUCUAGGAAUUCUUGCUCGUUUGACACUUGCUGACCAAAGUGAUUUGCAAAAACACAACUACAGCUUGAUUAAAAUUGUAGUGUGUAAUUUGUAUCCAUUUGAAAAGGUCAUUUCAAAACCUGAUACUAAUAUAAGUGAUGCUGUAGAAAAUAUUGAUAUUGGAGGUGUAACAUUAUUAAGAGCUGCUGCUAAAAACCAUGAACGUGUUACUGUUCUUUGCAAUCCUAUUGAUUAUGCAGAAAUAGUAAAAGAAAUAUUAUUGAACAAAGAUACAUCUCUAGAAACGCGAAAAAAAUUAGCGCUUAAGGCAUUUACACACACGGCUACAUAUGACGAUUGUAUAUCAGAUUAUUUCCGUAAAAAAUUCUCUAGUGGUGAAAGCCAAAUGAAUUUAAGGUAUGGCAUGAAUCCACAUCAAUGUCCAGCACAACUUUUUACUACUGAAUCAAAAUUGCCUUUAAAAGGUAAUGUAUUUUAUAUUUAAUAAGUAUAAAUAUUAGUUGGAAAUUAUAUAUUUAUGUUAUUUAUUUAUUUGUUUAGUUUAGGUGAAUCAAUAAUUUAAAUUCAUUAUGUAAAUGAUUUUUAGGGCUUAGGCAACUAUAUACUAUUUUUUAAGUAAAAUAUUUAAAAUAUUAAUAUUUAACCUAGUGUUUUUUGCAUGGUGCUAAGACUACACUAAAAAUUAACACAAAAAUGUAUUCAUUCAAAUUUAAUUUUCUUUUUAUAAUAAUAAUAUAUUAAAGCAACCAAAUUUACAGAAUAAAGUAAAAAUAGUAACAAAGUAACAUAAAAUUGCAAACUUAUCCUACAGGCAAAAUUUGUGUCGGAUGAGUUGAGUUCAUAAAUUAAAUAAAAUUAAUAAAAUCAAACAAACAACAUAAAACUUAAAUACAGAAUCAAAAUAGUUUACUAUUUUAUACGAAAUACAUGAUUUUUAUAAUGUUUAAAAUUACUAAAAGAAAAGACAUUUACGUAAUAAUAAAAUUCCUAUAAUUUCCAAAUUUGGUUUUAUUAAAAGGUAAAUUAAGUUUAUUAUUGAUUUUUAAUCUUGUAUUAUAAGCAUGCAAUGGUUGAUAAUUACUAAUAGUAGGUAUAAUUUUAAACAUUUAUAAGAAAGUUUGAUAUUCAUAUUUCAAAUUAAAAGUUCAAAUAUUAAGAUCAGAAUAUAAUAAAAUAGUUGAAUAUAAUCUAGAUUUAUUUAAAAUAAUUUUAAUUAAAGAAUUAAUAGUAAUAUUUAAGACAUUUAAUAUGGCUAAAAUAAGUACUACCCCAUACCAAUGAACCAUAUAAAUAGACAGAUUGUGCUAAAGCUAAAAAUACGACUUAAAGAUUUUAAAUCUAAUAUAUUAAAUAGUAUUUUAAAUUUAUAAAAUAAUUUUCUAAUUAUAUUAUUUAUUGAAUAGAUGUGUUCUAUAAAUUUAAGCCUAUGAUCAAAAAUUCCGCCUAGGUAUUUCACACUAUAAACUCACACUAUAAAUUAAUAUAUUUGCAAGGUACAUUUAAAUAUUUACAUCUAUAAGAAUGUGUACAAAUGGAAAGUUAGUACUAAAAUUAUAAAUGCUAUUAUUGUUGCAAAUAUUAAAAACAACAUAUUUAGAUUUACUUAAAUUUAACUGAAAGUUACUAUUAUAACACCAUUGCUUGAUUAAAUCAAGACAAAAAUUUGCUUCCUUUAUAUAGAUCAUUAUAAUUAUUAUUUUUUAGUAGCACAACUGUAUCAUUAGUGUAACAAAUAAUAUCAGCAUUAAGGUUAAGGUUUAAAAAGCCAUUUAUAUAAAUAAUAAAUAAUAUUGAACUAAGAACAAUACUUUGUGGCACUAAAAAACUAUUUAUACGAAUAUCGCUAAGAAUACUUUCUAAACAAACUAGUUGAGGCCUAUUAGAAAUAAAAGAUUUAAUUAAAUUUAGAGCAUUACCUCCUAUGCCACAUAAAUCCAGUUUUUUAGUUACAAAUUAGAUUAGAUUAUAUUUCAUCAAAAAUACUUUUACCAAAAUUAGAGUAAUAAUAAUUAAACUCAUUUACUAUUUCAUGUCUGUUAUUCAUAGUAAUAUUGGAAUCAUUUCUAGUCAGAAAGUUAAUGAGAGGUUCAACCCUCUUAGUACUGCAUGAAGCUUUGUUUAUUAAAUUCCAUGUAGUUUUCAUAUUGUUAUGGGGUAAAGAAAUUAAAUUACUAUAAUAUAAACAAGAACUUUUUUUAUAAGAAAGUUCAACAGAUUUCUGUAUUUUUUGUAGUGUUGUUUGAGUUUUAAAUCAAAAGGUGCUUUAAGUUUUUGUUAGUAUAAUUUUUGUCUAUUUUUAAUUGAAAUAAAAAAAAAAAAAUACUAUUAGAUAUAAUAGAUAUUUUAGUAGUACUAGUAAUUAGAUCAGCUAUUAUAAGGUUACAUUUCUCUACUAAUAUGUCAACAUUAUUCCAAUCAUAUAAGGAAAUUAAAGUAUUUAACAAAUUAAAGUUAAUAAUUUGUAUCAUGAUAUUCCUAUUAGAUUCGUUUUUUUUUUUUCUUUAAAUAAUGUUCUUUUUAAUAAAAAGUGCUAAACUAAAAUGAUCCUUAAUAUCAGUUUCAAUUACAAAAGAAUUAGCAUUUGAAAUAUUUAUAUUUCUUUAAAAAUAUUAUCAAUACAAGACAUUGAACUAUCAGACACCUUAGUGUAACAGUUAAUACAUGAUAAAAAAAAUGCAAGAAUAUUUAAAUAAUUAGAGGAAUCACUAGAAUUUCCAAGUAUAUCAAUAUUCACAUCACCACAAAUAAUCACUUUGUCAUUAUAAGAAAGAUUAGCCAAAUAAAUAUCCAUGCCUAUUAAAAAAUCAUCAAUAAUACAAGGUGAUCUAUAAAUUCCAAUUAUUUUGUUAAUAUCCGAAUUAAAUUUGAAAUUAUUUACAAUAGAAUCGCAAGCCAGUAAAAUAUUUAUAAUAUAAAACAGUUUUAGUAGAAUGCUCAUCUUCAUAAUUAAAAACAUUAGUUUUCUUUUGAGUACUAAAGUUUUGGGAGGAAGAACAAGAAUCACACAUCCAUCUAUAUUUUUGUGUGCCUAAUUUAUUAAAAUUAGAAGUGUUAUCAAAUUGAGUACUCAAAGGAUGAAAAUGCAGUUUGCAUCCAGAACAUGAAAUUUAUUUUGUUGGAGACACCAUUUUCUUACAAACCACACAAGGCAUUAUAGAAAUAGAAUAAAAGUAAACGAUAGGUAAACAAUAAACACGAUUAGAUAAGAUAACGUACUGACAGCAACUAAACGCGACCGAUCAUCAUGAACAAUUGAGUAGAACUGCAAUCAACUUAGAUAGUUAAAAUCAAUUAUUAUUUAAAUAUAUGUAAAUAACAAAAACAAAUCUAGACCAUAAAAAUGUAUUUUCAUACAAUUAUAGUGCUAUACUAUUAUUUUGUAAUACAAUUUAUAUUAUUGUUAUUAUUACAAUUAAUACUUAUUAAAAUUGUAGUUAUCAAUGGUUCACCGGGGUACAUUAAUUUAUGCGAUGCCUUCAAUAGCUGGCAGUUGGUUAAAGAACUUAAAGAAGUAACUGGUCUUCCAGCAGCUACUUCUUUUAAACAUGUCAGUCCUGCUGGAGCAGCCUUAGGUGUACCAUUAAAUGAAAUUGAAGUAAAAUAAAAUAAUGUUUGACAUUAAUUUGUAUUUUUUAUAAUUAAUUUAAAACAUUAUAAUUAGGCUUCAUUAUGUAUGGUAAGUGAUUUACUUGAAAUUAUGACUCCACUUGGAUCUGCAUAUGCUCGUGCCAGAGGUGCUGAUCGUAUGUCAUCAUAUGGAGAUUUUAUUGCUUUAUCAGACACUUGUGAUUUAGUUACAGCUAAAAUAAUUUCCAGAGAAGUAAGUUAAUUAAUAAUCUGUUAUAUUAUAAUUUCAUUUACUUAAUUAAAAUAUAUUGAAUGAUUUUUAAGGUUUCUGAUGGUAUAAUUGCUCCUGGAUAUACUGAUGAAGCUUUAAAUUUGCUCAAGAAAAAAAAAGGAGGAAAUUACUGUGUCUUACAAAUAGAUGCCAACUAUACACCUAACUCUGUUGAGCGUAAAGUUUUGUUUGGCAUGACGUUAGAACAGAAACGGAAUAAUGGAAAAAUUGAUGAGAAUCUUUUUACUAAUAUUGUAACUAAAAGACAAGAUGUAAGUUGGUUAUUAUUUUAUUUUAGUUGUUCACAGAUUUGUUAAGAAAUCAUUGACACAAUGAUUAUACAUAUAAUCUGUAUUAGAUGACAGAAGCAGCUAAACGUGAUUUGAUACUUGCUACUGUAACAUUAAAAUACACCCAGAGUAAUUCAGUCUGUUAUGCUUUCAAUGGUCAAGCCAUAGGAAUCGGAGCUGGACAACAGUCAAGAAUACACUGCACUAGACUAGCUGGUGAUAAAGCAGAUAAUUGGCAAGUCAAAUUUAUUACUACAUUUGGUUGAAUAAUAUUAAUUUGAUUGAUUUACAGGUGGCUUAGGCAACAUCCAUAUGUUUUGGAAAUGAAAUUUAAAAAGUCUGUCAAAAGAGCUCAAAUAGCAAAUGCCAUUGAUGACUACAUUGGUAAUACAAUUGGACAUGGACUUUCUCGAACUCGGUGGGAAAGUUUAUUUGAAGUAAUUCCUGCAGAGUUAACACUUGAAGAAAGACGUAUCUGGUCCACCAAAUUAAAAGGAGUUGUGUUGUCAUCUGAUGCAUUUUUCCCCUUUAGUGACAAUAUUGAAAGGGCUGUACAGGUGUGUUUAACAACAAUAUAGAUAUUUUUGUUUGUAUUAAAAUUAAAAUAUGUGAAUGUUUAAUAAUGUAAUUUUAUAUAUUAUUUCAGAGUGGAGUUGAAUAUAUAGCCUGUCCAUCAGGUUCAACAAAUGAUCAAGACGUAAUCAACUACUGUGAUGAUCAAAACAUUGUGUUAACUCAUACCACUUUAAGAUUAUUCCACCAUUAAUCCAAUAAACUCAUAUUCUUAGAUUUAUAUUUCAUUCAAUCUGUUAUAAUAUUCAAUAUAUACAUGAAUUAAUCAAACAAAUUCAACUUAAAUUAAAAUAUUUUUUUAAAAGUUAAUAUGUGAAUAAAAUUAUUUAACAUUUCAUUUUAAAAUAAAUACGCUUAAAUCUCAAUUACUCCAAAAAAAAAAAUGUUUUAAUAUAUCAAUAGUUAUUUUAUUAUUUGAUUUAAAGAACUGUAUAAAACAUUUGAUUUAAUUCUUUCUCUUCUUAUCAGGAGUGAUCAAUCUAUCAUAAAAUACUCCUUAUUUUGAAAAGUAUUAACUUUUUCCAGAAUUCAUUUUUUAGAACAUUAAGGAAAUAAACUGCUCUACAAUUAUAUAUUUAUGUUAUUUUUUGUCACCCUUAUUUUUGAGGGGUAAAACCACUACCUACUUUUGAUUUUCAAAUGGUAACCUGUAUUAAAAAUUCCAUAAAUAAACGAAGUAUUAGUUAAAAUUAAUUUUUAAUUUUUGUCAAACCGUUGAUGAGAUAUUCCACUUUUAAGUUUAGCUUUGGGGGAGUGUAGUGGUGCAUUAUUAACAUGUUGCACCACGUAUAAAUGAUCAAAAUUUCAACACCAUAAUUUAUAUUAACUAAUACUUUACCUCUAUUUAUGGAAUUUUUAAUAUAAGUUGCCAUUUGAAAAUCAAAAGUAAGUAGUGGUUUUACACCCAAAAAUAAGGGUAACAAAAAAAUAACAUUAAUAUAAAAUUGUAGAGCAACUUGUUUCUUAAAUAUUCUGGAAAACCAAUUCCAGAAAAAGUAAAUACUUUCUAAGAUGUGAGUGUCUUAUGGUAGAUUGAUCAUCACCUUGUAUAGAGAAUGUUCAAAUGAAAAUUUAUAACAUUAUCUAAUAAACGACGGUUUUAUUUUUCUAGAAGAUAAUGAUUAAAAACAUAUGUUUAUCAUGAAUGCUUGUUCUAUAAAUGUUGGUAAUUUAAGAUUACUAUGUAAUUUGCCAGCAAAUGAUUUUCAAAUAAACCAUGUCCUACAUUGCAG